CCCAAACGCUGCUCUGCUGCGGUGGUUCUUCUCUCGGUCACCCCCUGAGUGGCUCCCUUCCUUCACAGCAAUCCAUCGACACCACCAACAAGUCGCUCGUCGCCAUCGUCGCCGUCGCCAUCAUCUCUCUCUCUCUCUCUGCCUCUCUCUCAACUCUUUCAUCUCCAUCUCCAUCUACCUCCACCUCUACCUCUCCAUCACCUCCGUCUUCUUGCGCAUACUCAUCUCCCUCCCGUCAUCCCAAGUCUCCCCCCUCCCCUUCCAACCUCGCUCUUUUCUCCCUCAUAUCGACACCUUCGCGCGCCUCCUCCUUCCUCCAUCUCGUUGAUACUCGCUCCUCCUCAUCGUCCACCACGACACCGCGGAGCGCUCAACAACCCCUCGUAACCAUCACAAAACCCCCACACCCACCCACACCCACCCCCACACAUCAUGCACGCCUCUUUCUUCGCCGCCAUCCUCCUGGCGUCGUCCGCGUCCGCCCAGAUCCGUCAGACCUUGACUAACGCUGCUGGCGAUGUCGUUGUUGUCCAGCAGACUACCGACGCCAACGGUGACCCGGUGACUUCCACUGUCUUGACCCUCCCCGGUGGCGGAGGUGCAGUUACGACCACUGGCACUGGUACUGGUACUGGUACUGGUACUGGCACCCGUACGAGCACGACAAACUGGGCGACCUUCACUGGCACUGGCACUGGCACUGGCACUGGCACCGGAACAGGACUCGUCACCACUAAUACCCGUGUGACCACCACCGCUCUCGACGAGGGGAUGCUCACCACAACGACCACUAGAAGAGCCGGCGGCCAGAACGGCGGACAGGGUCAGCCGCAGGGUGUGGUUGGGCCUCCCACCACGACUUACCCGCCAAUGACUGCAACUACGUACUGGCUGGACGGUGAGGAAUACACGUGGCGCAACUCGUUCCGCGCGCCGCAGCAGCCCACCGUUCAGGUUCCCGCAGGCGUUCGGCAGGAUGCGAGCGCAUACCGUGCCUCAGUUGGAGCAGAGCAGUCGUCGCUCAUGGCGACGUAUAGGGCCAGCGGCACGCAGGUCCUUAGUGGUGCGGUGCCGCUGAUCUCUGAGGCCGGGCUUGCCGGUUGGAUGGCCAUGUUCGUCGGCAUGAUCACCGCUGGUUACGGCGUGUUCCUCAUGUGAGAUGUGCGCUGCAGUUUUACGUACCGCGCGCGCUGCUUGAUUUACACGGCUGUCCACGCGUACGCCUCACAGCCGUUGUUGCGG